CGGUCUUCUUCGUUUCAGCCUCCUCCCACUUGCUACUACUGCUACUCAUUUCCCACACUUGUCGGUGGGUGUCCCUCGGUCUUCUUCAUUUGGUUUCCUCGUUUACCUCGGCAAGCAUGGGCUCCGAGUUCCCCGACGUGGCCGGAGAGGAGCCCUUCUGUGUGUUCAUCGGUUACGACCCCCGUGAGGACGUGGCCUACCAGGUCUGCCGCCGCUCUCUCCUCCGCCGCUCCUCCGUGCCCCUGUCCGUCCACCCCAUCCGACAGGCCGACCUCCGCGCCGCCUGCCUCUAUUGGCGACCCCGCGGCCCCACCGAGAGCACCGAGUUCUCCUUCACCCGCUUCCUCACCCCCUACCUCGCCGGCCACCGCGGCUGGGCCCUCUUCGUCGACUGCGACUUCCUCUUCCUGCACGACCCCGCCGCUCUCUUCGCCCUCCGUGACCCCAGCUUCGCCGUCAUGUGCGUCCACCACGACUACGCCCCUUCCGAGACCACCAAGAUGGACGGCGCCGUCCAGACCGUUUACCCCCGCAAAAACUGGUCCUCCCUCGUCCUCUAUAACUGCGCCCACAGCAAGAACGUCGCCGCCCUCACCCCCGACGCCGUUAGCACCCAGUCCGGCGCCUUCCUCCACCGCUUCAUGUGGCUCGACGAUGCCGAGAUCGGCGAGAUCCCCUUCGUAUGGAACUUCCUCGUCGGGCACAACAAGGUCGACCCCGCCGAUCCCGACAACACCGCGCCCAAGGCCAUCCACUACACCUCCGGCGGGCCUUGGUUCGAGCGCUACAAGGACUGCGAGUUCGCCGACCUCUGGAUCAACGAGUUGGAGGAAUCGAACGCCGAGAAGGCUGCCGAGGAUGAGAAGAAAGGUUCCGCAAAGAAUAAUUAGAUGGAAAGGGAGAUGCUCCCAGAUCUGGUGGAAGGUAGUAGCAUUCAGGGGAUAGGGAGACCGAUCGAUAUUGGUUGGGCAAAUUCCAUUCAAUGAUAAAUAAACUGGCAGCUAAACUAUAUAUUGUGCUCCCACGUAUGGAUUCGAAUCAUCCAUUGUGGCACCAAGAGAUUCGAGUUCGUACAAAGAAGCCUUCGAAGAGGACGUUUAAGUACUCGAAUACAGAGAAUGUUUUUAAGAGACCUUAGAGAGCCCUCUUAUGUUUGACAAAUUUCCUUUUUAUCCAUUUUAUUGACUCCA